UCGCAGCUGCCGCGGGGAGCGCCGAGGGGGCGGUCACAUGAGCAGCCCGUGACGGGCGCCGGUUCCGGGGCGCGCCGGCUGCCGCCCUGCCGCUGCCCAUGCCGCUCCAGGUGAAUUGGAGACCUUCCCGCCUUCCCAGGCCAUGUCUACGGAGAGCUCCCCCUUGCUCAGUUACCGGCUCUUCCGAGUAGCAGGGGAGGCAGAAAUGCCGGGGGCCACCCAAGAAGAGGCACCCCUGGUUGUGGGGGUUGGGGGAUUGGCCCCAGGGGGCUCUCAUCCUGACCCAGCCCGUCAGCUCUCCACCUUCUUUGGGGUCAUUGUGCCAACGGUUCUGUCCAUGUUUAGCAUCGUCGUCUUCAUGCGCAUUGGAUUUGUGGUUGGCCAUGCUGGUUUCCUGCAGUCCCUCCUCAUGCUGAUCGUUGCCUAUCUCAUCAUCUCUCUAACUGUGCUGUCGGUCUGUGCCAUCUCCACCAAUGGAGCGGUCCAAGCAGGAGGGGCUUACUUCAUGAUCAGCCGCACUCUGGGCCCUGAAUUUGGCGGGAGCAUCGGGCUCAUGUUCUACUUGGCCAACGUCUGUGCUUGCGGAGUCUAUGUGCUGGGACUGGUAGAGGCCAUCUUGGAUGUCUUUGGAGCGAACGGGACGGAGUUCACUGGCUCGAAGGCCCUCCCGCAGGGCUACUGGUACAGCUUCCUCUACGGCUCCCUCCUCCUCCUCCUGUGUCUCUUGGUGUGCCUGGUGGGGGCCCAGAUCUACUCCAGAGCUGCCUUCUUCAUCUUCCUGGUGGUCAACAUGGUCCUCGUCACCAUCUUUGCCAGCUUCUUCGCUGUCUCCCCCCGGGAGGUGGUGGUGUCCCGGGACGGCAACCAGAGUUUCAACGCCUCCUUUACUGGGUUCAACGUCUCCACUCUCAGGGACAACAUGUAUGCCAUGUAUUCUCGCGACUACACCACCAGCAACAUGAUGUCCUUUGCCACCGUCUUUGCGGUGAUGUUUAACGGCUGCACGGGCAUCAUGGCAGGCUCCAACAUGUCAGGGGAGCUCAGAAACGCCAGUAGCUCCAUCCCAAAAGGGACCAUCAUCGCCGUGGUCUACACCUUUGUGAUCUAUUUCCUCCUCUUCUUCAUGACCAGCUUCACCUGUGAGCGGGCACUGCUGAAGGGCGACUACGGCUUCUUCCGAGCCAUCAACAUCUGGCCUCCCUUUGUGCUGAUCGGCAUCUAUGCAGCCUCCCUUUCGGCCUCCAUGAGCAACCUCAUUGGUGCCUCGCGGAUCCUUCACGCCCUGGCCAAGGACGACCUGUUCGGGAUCGUCCUGGCUCCGGCAAAGAGGGUCUCCAAAGGGGGCAACCCGUGGGUGGCUGUUCUCUACACCUGGGCCCUUGUGCAGCUGGUGCUCUUGGUCGGGAAGCUGAACACUAUCGCCGGCAUUGUCACCGUCUUCUACCUUGUGGCGUAUGCUGCUGUGGACUUGGCUUGCCUGGCUCUGGAGUGGGCAUCUGCUCCAAAUUUCCGCCCCACCUUCCAGGUUUUCUCGUGGCAUACGUGUCUCUUGGGGAUCGUCUCGUGUCUGGUGAUGAUGUUCCUGAUCAGUCCGGCCGGCGCCUCGGGCAGCCUGGGGCUCAUGCUGCUGCUUCUGGGCUUCAUCCAUCUCCGCUCUGCUGCCUCAUCAUGGGGCUACAUCAGCCAAGCCCUCAUUUUCCACCAGGUCCGGAAGUAUUUGCUUCUCCUUGACAUCCGGAAGGAUCACGUCAAGUUCUGGCGGCCACAGAUCCUCCUUAUGGUGGCCAAUCCCCGGGGCGGAUCUCAGCUCAUCAAGUUCAUCAACCAUCUCAAGAAAGGGGGUCUGUUUGUGCUGGGUCAUGUGGAAAUUGGAGAACUCGACACGAUGCCCUCUGACCCCAUCCAAGCCCACUACAACUUCUGGCUGAGCCUGGUGGACAAGCUGAAGGUGAAAGCAUUUGUGGACUUGACUUUGUCUCCUUCGGUUCGUCAGGGAACUCAGCAUCUGCUACGGAUCACUGGCUUAGGAGGGAUGAAGCCCAACACAUUGGUCCUUGGUUUCUAUGACAACUGUGUCCCUGAGGAUUACUUCCUGCAGGACCCGGCCUUUAGCCAGGCACGGGAGAAUGAUGAGUUUGGGGUGGACCUGACAGCGCUCCAAGCCCACUUCCCCGCUGUGAGGGAAGUGGAGAGCCAGAAGGCUUUGAGUCCAGCUGAGUAUGUGGCGAUCAUCUCUGACGCGGUCAAGAUGCACAAAAAUGUGUGCCUGGCCCGCUACUUCCACCUUCUGGAGAAGGAUCUCCCGUCCUCCUCGUCUUCCAAGAGGCGCUUUGAGGGGUGCUACAUCGAUGUCUGGCCUCUCAACCUCUUGCGCCCAGACACACCGACCUAUGUGGACAUCUGCAGCCUGUUCCUCCUCCAGAUGGCCUGCAUCCUGACCAUGGUCAGCUCCUGGAAAGCUGCCCGGCUCCGUAUCUUCCUUUGUGUGGAGUUGGGAGACGUGGGCUGGGUCAGCAAGGAGGAGAAGCUGAGGGAGCUGCUGACCAAGCUGAGGAUCAAAGCCACCAUCAAGAUUGUCACCUGGGACCAAGUGAUGGCUCUCCGUGGUCACCAGCAUGCAGGCGGAGAGCUUGGGUGUGGCGAGGGACCCCUUUCCAGGGGGGCUCAGCACCCGCAUUUUCCUCCUGAGAAAGAGGCAAGGGAGGCCUUCCUGAAUGCAGCCCCCUUCCAUGUGACAGGUGAGUAUUUGGCCUCUGUCAACAGCCUGCUGCUCAGGCAAGGGGGCCAGACAGCCGUUCGGUUCCUCUACCUCCCGCGGCCUCCAGCAGAUACCUCUCAGUACGAGCGCUACUUGGAACAGCUGGAGAUCUUGACCACAGGCCUGGGGCCUACAUUGCUCAUCCAUGGACUAACGCCAGUCACCUGCACCGAGCUUUGAGAGAUCCCAAACGGGUGCUGGCGAGUGGAAAACAGAGGCUGAGAAAAGGUGCCUUCCAUUUCUUUUGAGUAGCAAGCAGUUGUGCUGGUAGUUUUGGAGAGGUGCCUUUGGGCUACUGAGUGAAUGAUGUUUGUGAGUCUGUUCAAGUGGAAGGGCUUAGCAAGAGGUUUGUGGGGGUGGGGGCGAGGGUGACUGGGAGGUCCAGGCCGGCUCCUCCUCGGUAUUUUCCAAGAAAGAGAUCUUUCCUGUAUUUUGGGGGAAGACUGUACUUCAUGGCUACAAGGGGUAGCAGAAGACCGGGACCUUCCACAUUGAUUAGCCAAGCUGCUUGUCCUCGUGUGUUGGUGUGGGGGCUGCUGUACUACUUCUUCCACACCCCUUGGUAUCAGGAUUUAUCCAAAAGAGCUGUUAGGAAGCAGUGGCUUUGUGCCCUGGAACCCCCCCCCCCAAUUGCCUGAGGGCAAAAGGAGGUGUUGCUGUCCCCAGCAAGAGGCAGAGAGCUGGCUCUUUUGCUUUGGCCUCUGCUUCGAUUCUUAAAUUGCUAAAACUGUGAUAAUUCCCAUUUUCUCCUUUCGAGGAGGGGGGAUCCUUGCCAAGGGGAGUUCUGUUUGCCUUGGUUUUAAAACCCCCACACCAAAGUUAUGUCAAUCCUUUCCAAUGAACAAAAAAUCCUGUCUCCAUGAGUCGGGGCGGGGGGGGGGGGGUUGACACUGGCUGGACGUCAUGGGAGCUCCAGGGAGGGGGCCUGGAUGUACUUCUGUGGUUCAAUUUCUUAUUAGACUGAGCUUCCUUCAAUGUCACUUCUAAAAAUAUCUUCCAUGACUGUCACUUAGAAUUUCUUUUGCUAUUGCUAGACUAAGGUGGCCUCAUUCCUUCCUCUUCCCAGUUAGAUCUCUGUGAUACUUUUAAAAUCCUUCCUUAGAAAAAUGCGUGUGGACUUGACUACAUUCCCUGUGGCAGCCUGGGGGCUGUUUUGUUCCUUUUGCCAUUGACUCUGCUGACCGUAAAUAAGCAGUUGGGGGGGGGAGGAGUGUGUUCCCUAACUCGGAAGGGGAUUACUCCCCUCCAUGUAAAACAAAAUACUUCCUAACUCCCUUCAUUGCACAUGCCCCCUUCCCAGAAGGUGGUGCUUAUACUAAUCUAAUGGGAUAACUUAACUUUUAGUCAGUGUGCCUCUAUGGGCGGGUGACCACUGAGUGGGGAGAGGGCUAGCCGCUGUCUAACUGAAGCCCCUUUGGGGUUUAACAAUGUACUUUGGGAAUUAACAUUAAUGAUGGGAGGACAAAGGGAGGGCGGGUUCUGCUUUUUAGUGAGAAUGUGUGCAAUAAAAAGACAUUUGCAGGAACUGACAGGGAUUGUGCGUGGUUAU